AAAAAAACUGCAUGAAUAUUGACCUUAAGUCUGAAUUUUAUGAAUUUUAGGGCGUACGACGUGAUUUACAUUAAUCAAUGGGAAAUAACAGUAAAAAGCAUGCAAAGUGUUAAUGGCUACAAAAUGUUUAAACUUUAACUGUGUUUACCCACUGCCUCUGCAUUUCAAUGAACCACAUGACUCACAACUGAAUGAAGACGGAUUUUGGGUAUAAAAAUGGACUGCCAGCUGCAGCGGGGUGUCAAUCAGUCCUCAGCUACUCCCAACAGCAGCACAACCUACAAAUCCUCAACAUGUUCAAAUACGCCGUUGUCAUCCUCGCCAUCGUCGCCGCCGUCUCUGCCAAGCCUGGUCUGCUCCUGGGCAGUCCAUUGGCCUACAGUGCACCAGUUGUGGCUGCUGCUCCUGCUGCAGUGGUUGCUGCUCCUGCUCCUUACGUGACGGCCACCAGCAGCCAGGUCAUCGCCCGCAACUACAAUGGCAUCGCCGCUGCUCCAGUCAUCGCUGCUGCUCCAGUUGCUGCUCCAGUCAUCGCCAAGUAUGCUGCUGCUCCUUUGGCUGCCCCAUUGGCUGCUCCUGUUGCUGCUCCAGUCAUCGCGAAAUAUGCCUCUACUCCACUGGCUGCUCCUCUGGCCUACAGCUCACGCCUGACCUACGCAGCUGCUGCUUCCCCAUUUCUGAGCAGCCAGAGGCGCACUCACAUAGCUGGCAAACACUGGAGCAGCGGCUAUUCCAUUGUAAUUGCGGGCGAACACCUGGCUACUGGAAGAGGUGACAUAUGGGGCAGGAGCAGCAAUCAGUGGAGCACUAUAAGCGAGGGGCGCACCCAGAAGACCUGGCUUGGCAGCAGCGCACGCGAUGAUGGCAAGGAUGACAACGGUCUGCAAAGAAGAAGAAAAACGGAUUUUGGGUAUAAAUAUGGACUGCCAGCUGCAGUGGGGUAUCAAUCAGUCCUCAGCUACUCCCAACAGCAGCACCACCAACAAAUCCUCAACAUGUUCAAAUACGCCGUUGUCAUCCUCGCCGUCGUCGCCGCCGUCUCUGCCAAGCCUGGUCUGCUCCUGGGCAGUCCAUUGGCCUACAGUGCACCAGUUGUGGCUGCUGCUCCUGCUGCAGUGGUUGCUGCUCCAGCUCCUUACGUGACUGCCACCAGCAGCCAGGUCAUCGCCCGCAACUACAAUGGCAUCGCCGCUGCUCCAGUGAUCGCUGCUGCUCCAGUCAUCGCGAAAUAUGCUGCUGCUCCAUUGGCAGCUCCAGUUGCUGCUCCAGUCAUCGCCAAGUACGCUGCUGCCCCAUUGGCUGCUCCUCUGGCUUAUAGCAGUCCCCUGGCCUAUAGCUCGCCUUUCGCUUAUGCUGCCCGCGCUCCAGUUCUUUUGUAAGGACGCCUCAUGU